UCUUUGCUUCUUCUCCAACUGUCUCCUCGCUCCUGUUGGAUUACCUCUGAGGAAGGACCUUGUCUGGAUACUCCUCCUCCUCCUCCUCCACCUCCUCCUCCUCUCCUUCUCUCUUCCCUCAGUCCUCUGCUUCCCUCCCCUCUCUGCCUCUCUUGUCUCUUGCUGAGGGACCCCGGGGCUCUCAGUCUUCCCAGAUCUCACGUCUCUUUCUCCCUCUUCGCCUCCCCUCUCCCCUGCUUCCCCCCCUCAGGAUGUCGUGUGAGGAGGCUCAGCUCCACAAAGAGAGGCUGCAGGCCUUGGCGGAGAAACGAAAACGGCAAGCUGAGAUUGAAGACAAAAGAAGCCAGCUUGAUGACCUGGUGCUACAACUACAGCAUCUCAAGUCCAAAUCUACGCGUGAGCGAUGGCUCCUCCAGGGACUGGGAGCGGAGGAAGAGGGUGUGCGGAGGAAACAGCUGGAACAGGAUGAAGAACAAGGGAAGAGGCUGGAAGACAUAAUACAUAGGCUGGAGUUUGAGAUCGGCACACUGGAGAAUGAGGAGUCUCUGAUAUCAGCCAAAGAGCAGGCUCUAAGGGAACGUCUGAAAGAGACGGAGCGCUCGAUAGAAGACCUGCAGAAGAGUCUGAUGACCCGUGAUGGAGAUGCCAUCGGCUGCAUGUCCACCCCGCUCCAGGACUGCACGGACCCCGAUCCUGACCGCGACGUCCUGGCCACCCAGCCCAGGACUGGCCCACCUGCCAUACCAAGACCUGCGAUGUUUGCCAUGGAGAUCAACGUGCAGCAUGACCCGCAGACGGGCGAGCAGCGCGUCCUGUCGGCCAACCGCGUGAGCCCGCUGGAUGCGGCGUCACGCGGCAUCAAGGUCUACGACGAUGGCAGAAAGGUGGUCUACGAGGUCACUUCCUCUGGGGGGGUGUCCACCAACACCAUGGAGAACGGUUGGAGCUCCGCGCAGGUCGAUCAGCUGAUCCAGCGGGCUGCCAGACCUGUCGUGCAAGCAGGAGAUGGCGGCAGGGGUCAGGUGACGGUGACCCCGGCUGCCCCGCAGGCUUAUGUCUCCCCAGCAGACUUGGAUGAUCUGUCUCCACCCUCCUGCGCCCCACCAUCCGUUCCUUCAAGCCCGCCAGCCCAGGAUCCUCCAGAGGGAGACCCGUCUUGGCAUGAUGCCCCCUCUGCUCCCAUCACAACCCAGCCGGGCUCCUCAGCCCACCCGGGCAGCGAGCUGAACGCCACACCACAAGCCAGCGUAGAGCACCCGGUCACCAUGGUGUUCCUCGGCUACCAGGAUGUUGAGGACACGAGCGAGAGCAGGCGGCUGCUAGGUUUUGACGGCGCCGUGAAGGCCGAGGUGGUCCUGAUCGACGAAGACGACGAGAAAUCCCUGAGGGAGAAGACGGUCACCGACAUGUCCAUCAUCGACGGCACGGCGGCUGACCUCGUGUCGGGGCGGCCGGCCACGUCUGAGGCCGUCAGCACGGAACUGUCAUCCGAUGGCCGCGAGCCCGACAGCAGCUCCUCGCCCCCCGCCAAUCCCGACGCCAUCGCGGCCCCUCCGCCCGGCCUCACCCCCGCCACAGGUUACGGCAAAACGGGGGUUACCGUGACAACAGCAAAUGGGUAUCAAGCUCCCAUUCCGACCAGGCAUCCUCACACCGCCAUGAAAUUGUGGCGGGCAGCCGAGGAUGUCAGUGACCCAAUACCAAGAGAGCGGGCCUUGAAGAGCGUCAGUUUCCAGGAAUCGGUCAGCGUUAUCACUGACAGGCCUGCAAACAUGGAACUGGAGAGCCAGCAGAUCCAGCAUGGCUGUCUCAGCAGCCCCAGCAACCGAGCUCACAGUGCACUUGGUGUGAAGGCAGAGACUCCUGACAGCGAGGUGGUGCAGGAGAUCCGCUACUUGGACCAGGUUUUAGACGCCGCCUCAGAAACACCCACCAACGGAAACUCUUCUCCAUCAGAUCACACCAAACCAAUCAGCAUCGAUGGGAACUCUCCUUUUGUCUGCGUGUCGGCCUCCUCUCCUGUCAAUCACCAAUCAAUCGUUGUGGAGGGGCUGAGACAAACCACGUUCCUCCACCAGGAGGACUCCGCUGUGAGGACCAACGGCCACGGGCAGGGAGAGGAGAUGGGGAGCGGCAGGGCCAAGUUUGAGCUGAGAGCAUUUCAGGAGGAGAGGCGGCCCGCGAAACUCUUCACCCCUGGAGAGGAGCAGCAGGUCAGGGUGACGAGGAGACGACCCUCAGGGGAGGUUCAGGAGCUGGAGCGUGAGCGUAUGGAGCUGAUCAAAGACCAGGCAGUGAAGAAGAACCCUGGGAUCGCCCAGCGCUGGUGGAACCCUCCUCAAGAGGUUCCUUUGGAAGAACAGCUGGAUGCAGAUCAGCUUGAGUCUCUAAAGAAAUACCAGGAGAGGAAACAGCAGAAACAGGGUCACAUCUAUACAUACACACAGCCCCAGGUUUCAGGUCCUCCCACAAUGGUUACCUUUGACCCCGAGCUAAACAGGAAGGACGACGUUUUGGAGGAGCAGAUCAACUUCUCGUCUGCCAGAAAGCAGUUUCUGCAAGGGGGGGCCACCAAGAGGGACGUAGCUCCUCACAUAUAUUCCGCCAAACCCUUUUCCAAAUCCAUAACCAGGGGCAGCCACGGGGGCGGUGACAUUGUUGCAGAAACCGGGGAGGGUCACGUGACCUGGUCCGAUGAAGGAAUUGCAUCAGAAUUUACUUGCGCACGAGCUGUUAUGACAAUCCUGCCUGAUGAGGAGGAGAGGAAGAGCAAUUUCUAUCCAAGUUUUCACCCAGAGGAGUCCGACUCGGGAUUGGACGAGUUAUCCGUCCGUUCUCAGGACACCACUGUCUUCAGCUUGGACAAUAUUUCUGACAGCGGGGCUUCGCUACCGCCAACCCCGUUGCCACUGACCCCGGUGUCACCGCCCACCCCUCAGCCCACCACGCCAGUCAACGGGCAGACCAAUGGCAGUCCAACAGAAGACGACCUGGAGUACCACGCAGGGGUACUCGUCCAAAAUGCCAUCCAAAAUGCCCUGGCAGCUCGGGAUGGAGAGGAGUGGCAGCGCUCUGAGUUGAAUUCUUCACAACUGAGCACCCCUGUAUCUCCAUCCUCCACUUCAACAAGUAGCCCGGUGCCAGUUUCUUCCUCCCCUGUGUCUUCUGGUGGAGCUCCCAGUCUCCAAUCAUCUGUGUGCUACAGUCCGGCUCCAUCCAACAUGUCCCCUCAGCCAGACAGAGGGCCAGAAGUAAGGGUCUUACUCCAAGAGGAGCCUUCAGAAUCAGAUCACGCUCCGCAGCAGCAGCCCUCCAGUCCAGUCCAGCAACCGCAGCUCCGGACGCCUUCCCCGCCUCCUUCUCAGCCCAUCUCUCCACCACAGAGGCCCAAAGACGGAGGUCCCAGGAUCAAAAUCCAGUCCUCUUACGCCAGAGCACUCGCCUCCUCGGCCCCGUCUCCAGCUCAGGCGCCUGCCUCUUCCUCGGCAGCUCCAGUUCCCAGGCCGACCCCGGUCUACCGUCCCCCUUCUCCCCCAAGCCCGGAGAAAGCAGAGUUCAGCUACUUCAGUAAAUACUCGGAGGCGGCUGAGCUGCGCAGCACAGCGACAGCGGCACGAGGGCCCGAGGCGGAGGCAGCCAGCGGCCCAUUCCGCCUGCGCUCCAAGAAGCAGCGGACUUUGUCCAUGAUCGAAGAGGAGAUCCGAGCAGCUCAGCAGAGGGAGGAGGAGCUGAAGAAACAGAGGGAGGAGAAGCCGGUUGUUGUCGUCCGCCCCAGCAUCUCCUCCAGCAACAGCCUCGGUCCCGUGAGGUCGGGGAUGCGCCAAACCAAGAUUUCCCCAGCAGAUAAGAUGAAGAGCAACAGCCUGCCAGCCAGACUCACACUGACAGCGAGGACAGCACCAGGAAAGAUUGAGAAGGUUCGACCUGUACCGCCUGUCUCACCCUCACCCUCAGAGGGAGCCCUGUCUGACGCCGGCAGCGAGGACUCUGGAGGACGACCCAAAAACUUCAUGGAGACGCUUAUGGAAGACUAUGAAACACACAAAGUGAAGAGGAGGGAGAAAGUAGAGGACAACAGUUAUGCCCAUUUGUUGCUGGUUAACGAGGUUCUGGAGGCCACUCGCGUCACCAGGAGGAAAAGCGACAUGGCUAGGAAGUGGGAAGCCGGUAUCUACGCCAAUGAGGACGGAGAGGAGGAGGAGGAAGAAGAAGAGGAGGAGGAAGAGGAGGAAGAGGAGGAGUAAACAGCUCCUCUCAGAGACAUAUAAGGGACUGAGUAGAAAGGUGGAGGAAGAAGAGGAUGAGGAGACUGAUGGAAAAAAUGCAGCGAGGAUAGGGAAAGGAAACAGUAUUUAUUUUACUAAUAGUAUUCAGAUGAUCACAUGACCCCCUGGCUCGACCAAUGGGACUAAUCCAAGAGAUGCAUCAGGUUGUGUUUUUUGCACCUGAAGACUGAAGGCCAACAGUAUGUUAAAUGAACGAGUAUGUGAGAGACAUUUGAGGUGACUUUGGAGAAGAAAGGUCAGUGAUGAGAGAGACACUUUGAAAGGGUUUUAUGGUGGCUAAAGAGCGCUGUCCAGAGGUAUAUAUGGUAUUAAAGGUAUUUACUAGUUGGUAGACGCUGAAUGACUUAAAUAUUCAUAGGAUUUUCAUUUGCCUGUAAUUUUUUUUUUUUAUUGAAAUAUGGACUGAGAUCCAAAGAUUUUCUUUUGUCUGGUUGCCCGAGACUUGUUGAUAAUGGUUUGAGCAACGGGUGCUUGAUAAUGACCCCAAUUAUCUUCAAAAUGUGUGGAAAGACAAGCAGGUGUGUGUGUGCAUUGUGACUUUCGAGAAGCGUCGGACGAAAGGAGAAAAAGCGAGGCCUGAUUUCUGUAAUUGCAGAAUUAUUUCUUAACCCGGAUUUUUACGAUGCUGCAGGAAGGCUGAGACGGUUUCCAGACACUGAACCAAAUGGGACCCGAAGCAUCGCUUUCAGAGCACGUAAAGUUUUAUCUUCUGCGUCUUGCAGUGCCACAGAACACCACAGUACAGAUUUAACAAUCAUAUGACACGUUGGUGGGAUCUUUCGCAAUCCUUUUAAGCAUCUAUAUUAAAUCUUAAGUGCCGACUUGAGGGUCCUUGAACUGCAGAAUGCUAGCGAGGAAAUUAAAAAAAAACUAGCAUCAAGGUUCAACUUUGCCUUAGACCGUCUGUUAUUGUUUGAUGCACGAUAUGUAUGAUGUAUUUUAUCUUUUUCAUAUUCUGUAUUACUACAGUUUACAGUAGAAGAAAAAAAACACAAUCACAUUAGAUAGAAAGUCUGUAAAUGAAAAAAAGUGUCUUCAGUGACUUCUUAUCUAUUAAGUGACGGACAGACAGGGAGGAGGGAAGCUAACUGCGGGUCACGUUUGCGUCACUUCACAGUCAGUGUGAGUAUUAAUUAAAGGGCUCGGUCGGGGGUUUUAUAUUCUACAAAUCACUUAUUUUAAAUUUGCUGGCUACGUCGCUUCGUUGACCUGUGAUUUCUGAUGUAAGCAGUUGUUUCAUGUAUUAUACUGAGGUAGGACUGUGUAUUUGAUAUAAGAACAUGUAUGUUAAGAUUCGAGUCGGGCAAUGGCCGUAUAUCUACUAAACAUUGCGAGCUGAGGAUAAAGUUUGAUGAAAAUAAUUGAAAAAGCUUUUUUUAUAAAAUGUUGUUGUACCAAAACAGAAUGUUUUUUAUGUUACUUAGAGAACAGUCAGCUUAUGCUUUUAAAUCUAUUUAACAAGUACUGAUUGUGUGCAUGAAAUGACACUCCUUUCCUAACCUGAAACAAGCACACAACAAGAAGAAGAAGAAAAUUGACCACCAGUAGAAAGGGUCAUAAACAGGCCGCAAACUAUAUGCAGAACGUGUGUUCAUUUUGUAUGGUAAUGACAUAACAGCGAGAUGUGCUGUGGUUGGCAAUUUUUUUUUACUGAAUAUAUGGUGAGCUUUGAUUUUGCAGGACGAUGUGACUUCCUGUUUUGUUGGAUGAACAAAGAAUAGCUGCAACACAGGCCUCUAUGAGUGUGGUGAUGCUGUGGAUUGUGUAGAAAGCAAUGUUCAGCUUUCGAAAGUUAAACGGUAGCCACAUUGAAACAGGAACCUUCCCUGAAGCCUACAGAAUUAAUAGAAAUGUGUCAACGUGGCUGUAGAAUCAGUACUUUUAAACCACUUUAACUGAAAAGUAGCAAAAUGUUUCAACUCUCCAGUCUCUGUUAGCUUGUUUAUUGAAGCCUUUGAGAUUUGUUCAGCAUGUAGCUGGGGUAUGGUGAGAAAGAUUUCCCUGUGAACUGCUGGUCACAGUUUUUGAUCACCGCAUCUGUUCGCAUGUCCUCUUCAAGUGUCCUUCACCAAGGAACUGACCUUUCGGUUUGCUUCACAAAACUCACUGAAUAAAAUCGAUAUAAUUAAAACUGAGGUAAACUUGCACAAAAGAUAAAGAAGUGUGGGACACAUGCUAACCCCUUGGCAAUAAUGUUAUAUAAUAAUAUUAUAUUUAUGGUGACGGUCCCAUCCUGAGUGCAACUUAUCUGACUCUAUUUAAUUAUCUAUUUUAAUAUGUUCUCUGAGAAAAACGUAGUACCAGCAACCACCAACCAGAAGUGUGUGAUGUGCCCAUUUCCCCUUGAAACAAAAACCCACAUUGGUUCCAGAGAAUCGUCCUCGUUCUUGUUUUUCUACACGUACGAUAUUCUUGUAUAUAAAAUGG